CAAUCCCUCCCGACAUGCACGCCCAUUUCCGUUGGCAGCAACAUAUCGAUGCCCCAUUCAGUAUCAUCCUGUUGUCGGUUGAACACAGGGCGGGUCAAGAGCUGACGGCAAAGAUCAUGUAUGAUCUGAUAACAUCACAACGACAACGGGCGGCUCUGAGAUUGCCGCCAAGAGUCCAGUAUGGGCUGGCGGUCGAUAUCGAGUAUAUCUACGUGAUAGCCUCAAUAAUCAAGGACAAUGGUGUUAUCGAACUCUAAAAAGUGGCAAGCUGGGCCCGGGAGAACGCUGAGCAUAUCCUUCAAUGCCUCUAUUUCAUCCGUUCUAUCUGCAGGCGGGAGGAGGUCUACCAGGAGGAAUUGGAAUUGAUCUUGGAUAAGCUCGGGACGUUGCCGCCUAACCUUUGCUGGAGAGCCGAUGUCGAUGUGGAUAAUGCACCCUCGUCAGCCUCAUCUGAGAGGGGCAGUUUUGAGGAUCCUGACGAUCCCGACGAGCCUGACGAGUCUGACGAGCACGACGAGCCUGACGAGCCUGGCGAGUCUGACGAGCUCGAUGGUCCCGACGAUCCCGCUGAACCCGACGAGCCUGACAAUCCCAACCAGUCCAACGAGCUCGACGAGCCCAACGAGUCCACCGAGUCCGUCGAGCCCGACGUUUCUGGCCCAUCCCAAGCUGACGAUCCCCACCACCCUCCCCAUUCGGCCGAUUCUGGCCCUCCGCGCAAACGAGCCCGUCGAGAUCCUCCUAAUCCUCCGCCUACGCAUACGCCUACGCCUGCUCCCUCCAAACCUGGCGAGUCCUUUGCGUCACGUAUCGCCCAUCUGCGCAAGACGUGGAACAGACGUGAACGGACUGCGUUGAACCGCGCUCCCCCGCUCAUGCUCCCAGCAGAAGACUUCGUCCAUGUUUGUUGAGCGUUUUCUCCCGAAGGGGUGAUGUGCCAGGCGGAUGAAGCGAGAUGGGAAAGGAUGUUUGAGAGCUCGGGAAAUGAAGGAAGGGGAAGGGGAGAUGAGGCCGACGCCGAUUGAGAGCGAGAGCGAGAGCGUUUUGGUUGGAACGGGAAGGGAUGAUAACGAUUGGGAGUCGCGUAUCGUUGCGUGGACGCGGGCAUCGAGCAUGGCUGUUGAUCCACGGGCUCUCCGAGGAUGAGAGGAAGGGAGAGAAGUGCGAGUUCGGAGAUGA